AGUCCGGAUCUCUUUGUUGUGGUUGCAGCUGCUGUUCUCUUUACGCACCGCGUCUCCUCUGAGCCGCUUCAGCGCCGCGCGGAACCCGGAGCCGGAGCGCCCCGGUGAUCUCUCAGAUUAGGAUCCAGGACGUGGAGGAUCGCUUCGUGUGCGGCGCGAGACAGACGGCCACAUUUAGCUGGUGUAGAUCAUUGUGCCUAAAGAAAAAGACGCGGAGUUUCUUUGCAGAGGAAGGACGGAUGGCGAGGAUGCUCCCGCUGCCUCCUCUGCUCCCUCCCUGGACAAACCGGACCGCCUCUGAGACGUCCUGAACGCGGGAUCCGGCGAGCAGCUCCCUGCACAUUCCUCCAUCUUCCGCUUCUCUGUGCUCUCCUCUCUGCAGCCUUUGGAGCUCUCCUUCAGUGGGGCACAGCGUGAGGCAGCCUCCGCCAGCUGCACCCGGGAUUAAACAGUUCGCACGCCUUUUCACCUGAACCGAGAUCCGAGCUCUGCGUCCUGCCGGCGUCUGCAGGUCGGAUCGUCUUCAUCAUGAUGCUGUCAGGCCCUGGGAGGCAUCACGGGCGUCCCGGCGGGGUCGUCCGGUGCCUGCUGUCCGCCUGCCUGGUGUCUCUGCUGCUGGAGGCUCGGGCGUCUUAUCCUCAGAGCGGCGAGUGCAAAGGCAAAGGGAAGGACUGCACAGAUCUGUCAGAGAAGAAGAGCGACCUGAGGGUCUGCGAUGACUCCACCUGCCGAUUCGGGGGCACCUGCAGAGACGACGGCGCUCAGCUCAAGUGCGUCUGCCAGUUCCAGUGCCACAAAAACUACGUCCCCGUGUGCGGCUCGAAUGGAGACACCUACCAGAACGAGUGCUACAGGCGACAGGCGUCCUGCAAACAGCAGCGCCUCAUCUCCCGGGUGUCCGACGGGCCCUGCUCCACCGAUCCUGGUUCUGGUUCAGGAGACGGAGACGACGAGGAGGGCUCGGGCUCAGACGUUGGGAAGAAGUUCACCAAGUGCAGCACGUGCAAAUACGGAGCAGAGUGCGACGAAGACUCGGAGGACGUCUGGUGCAUAUGUAACAUUGACUGCAGCGGUCACAAUGAAAACCCCGUCUGCGCUACUGACGGAAACUCCUACAACAACCCCUGCCUGGUCCGAGAGGCGUCGUGCAUGAAGCAGGAGCAGAUCGAUGUCAAACACCUGGGCAGGUGCCCUGCUGAUAAAGAAAAACCGGGCAAGAAAGAUGACGGCACCGCUUUCAAAGGAAAUGUCCUCGACACCAGAGUUCUGGAUCACGGAGAAGGUUUCUACCCGGGAAUGUCGAUCCCCUGUGCCGACAGCUUCGCCAGCUUCUGCGUUCACGGAAAGUGCGAGAUCAACAAGUACAACAUGGCCACCUGCAGAUGUGAUGCAGGAUACAAAGGUCCUCAGUGUGAUGAACCUCAGGACUUCAAUAUCCUCUACGUGGUCCCCAGUGGACAGAAGCUGCACUAUGUCCUAAUUGCCGCCAUCAUCGGCGCCGUGCAGAUCGCCAUUAUUGUUGCUGUGGUGAUGUGCAUCACAAGGAAAUGCCCGAAGAACAACAGGGGUCGCCGGCAAAAACAAAACCUCGGACACUUUUCCUCAGACACGAACAACAGGAUGGUAUAGCUGUGUUUGCUGGUGGUCUUUUUUGAUAAUUUUUUCUUACGGCGCGGGAAUAUACCAUUUUUUAACAGUAGGUGUAGAAAAUUUUCAUUUUUCUCCUGGAAACUGUUAUAAAAGAAGAAUAUUUAUUUCAGGGGCCUUAAUUUACCUCCUUUUAAUUUUGGAUGGAAUUUUUUGCGCAUUUAUUUUGCGCAUCAAGUUUUUUUUUUUGUUUUGUUUAAUUUUGUUUUUUUUCUCCAAUGCGGCAUGUAGUACAAGGAGCCGAAUCAACACAACCCGCUGUCACGUUACACCACCGCCGCCAUCACUGCCGUCUUCAUUUAACUGCUUCGAGGUUUUGUUGAAUGCUUUGCGGUAUCUUUGUUUAGCUGGCUAACAGAGUAACAUCUGCCCCUCUGGAAUGUGCUAUUUAUUGAAAAGUUAUAUUUCUUUGCCCCGUUUCUUAAUCGCUUUUUACUAAUAAUGUGCAGCUGAUUACCAAAUGCAGUGUGAUUUUAUGUUUCCGUCCUUUUCUGUGGGAGGUGCGAGGGGCCCAGCUGGUCACAUAAAUAUGUUUACACUCAUUCUUUGGUGUUAAAUUCCAUGUAAAGACUUCACUGUGUUCAAGCAAGCUAAUAAUUUAUUAUUCUGAUGAACUCUUUUCCUGAAAGUAGCUUUUACUGGAGGUUUUUAUGUUAACUUUUAUUCAGAACCGUAGCUUCUGUAUAUUAGCAUGACUUGUGAUAACUGUGUACUGUGGUGUAGUUUUAACUUUUUAAAAGGAAAAGUUGUCGACCUCGAUGGCUCCUCUACUCCUCCGUACGGUGGCGGUGGGAAUAUGAAAAGUUGGACUGAUGAUAGAGGACUCUGAGGGCGAAGGCGUUAGUCAGAGGGUUUGGUUGUUUUUUUUUUUUUAGUUUUUGUUUUUUCCAAAAAGGAAUGUGUAUUGUUUGGAAAUCAGUCUAUUGGUUUUAUCCACACAAGGAAAAAGACAAAGAGCUUUUGCACCCGUCAUUAAUGAACGGACGUUUUUGGAGUAAAACCAGUAAAGCCAUGAACACAAAGGCAAGAAUGCUGUAUGCAAGAUUGUAAAGGAAGGGCUGGACUACAAAUCGAGGUCAAUGUCUUGAUGAUAAUUUUCAUGUAAAUGGAAGAAGUCUUGGUUGCUGUGAUCAAGGAUUUUCUUUGAAUGUGAGGGAAUAAUAAUUUUGCUUUCAGUUUUGUUUUUUUCCCCUCGGCGAGACAUUCCAAGCACAGAGGAUCCCACAAGAAAAAAAUAACACAAUAAUAAUACUCACAGUACAAACAGAAAAUAAUGCAAUUUUCUCCUGGUAUGAAAAUGUGUGUCAGGGUGUGUUUAGAUAAAAUGCAAAGCAAAGUUUUGCCUUACAUUAUUCGCACAAAUACAAGUUUUUUUGGAACAAAAAAUAUUCCCCUAGGCAUACGAUCGUAUAAGGAGGAGGAAUCUAAGCAGUACCCUCAAUCAUUUAGCAGCGAUGACUUUAUCAGAAGUUAUCAGGAAAUUCUGCAGUUUCAUUCCCUUUUAUUCAAACCUCCUUUUUUUUGUUCUGUUUCAAUGUAAAGUUACAUCAUCCAGUCUUUUUUUUUAAUGGCAGUUUCACCUAUUUCAUGAUCCCAAAAGGAAAACUCCCAACAGAAGAGCUGGAAGGCCGUACCUGGCAGUACCUUUAGAUCCUGAAAAUGUGCUCAAACACAGCAACAAAGCCCUAAAUGAGUCGGCAGCACCAUGGUCACUGUUAAGGCUUUGCAUCUGCUAGGGCCCGAGUGAUGGACGUCUUCAUCUUUUUUGUGUUAAUUUGGAUUAAAAUGCAGCAACUUCAGAGGAAUCCGAGAGGAACAACGGCCGUGCUGCCUCCAGCUGUCCGUGGACAUGAUCCACAGUAAUACCAUCAGAAGAGCAGUCGUAGCUAAUUUGGUAUCAUGUAUUUCUUUUGUGAAUGCGAUGUACGACAAGAAAAUACAUUUCAGAGUUGCUCCAAAUGCAGUCAUACCGAUGUUUCAAUGGGAUCUUAGUGCGUAUCAUCUGGUGAAUGACUUCUGUGUUGGUGCCCCUGAUCUAACUGUAACACUGCCUGUUAUAUUCUCUAAACCAAGCUUUGUAAUUUUUUUUGUCACAUUAUCAUAAUUUCAUUGGCAAUUGUGUUAAAGUUUUCACUGAAAUGUGUAACUGUCAGCUUCUGAUUUUCACAUUUAUUCAGGUACAGCAUUUUAUUUAAAGCCAUGUUGUAGUAAUUAAGCCUCUUUUUGUUCAGGAGGUCAGAGAAGGCCUUAAAUGCCAGUUUUUUUCUCCAAGUUUCACUAAAAUCUGAUUCAUUUAAACCGUAUUUAAAGUGAAAGCUGGUCGGAAAAUGUGCUCAUGGAAAUAUGUGCACAAGAGAAAUAUUGUCAUGUAUUUCCUACAAACAAAACUGCUGGUUGGUUUCACUCCCAGUUACUACAAUUUGGAUAUAUUUAACAUUUUCUUAACCUUCUAAUGUCAUUCAGAAACAAGCGGAAUCACACCAUUCACCAGCAACCACGGGGUCACGAGUCAUCCACUAAGACCAGUCCAACCCCUUUGGGUUUGAGUUCAUUUAAUAUGCUGGGAAUUCCUGAAUAACUGUAAAUAAUUUGCUGUAUUUUGCUGCUAAAGGCAGUGAGUUGACCUCCAAUGGAAGGUGAGGUUUUAAGGAGAAACGACCAGGUGACGACACCAGAUUUCACCCUCUGACUUUAAAUCCUGAGGCUGUGCUGAGGUCCAGGGAGUUUUGUUUCCUUCUCUGUAUGUUUCUGAUUUUAAGUUUUCUGUACCGUCUUAGUCUACACUUACAGGUCGUAGGUCAGCCCCCCCACCCCUCUGCUGAGCAACGUGUUUCUACUUGUUGUCGACCAUUGCAGCCGUGACUUCUCUAAAUGUGACUAGAAUGUGUUUGACAUGUUAAUAUUCUGCAUGUAGACUCAGAGAGGCUAUUUUUGGUCU